AUGGCAGAAGGGCUCAGCGGCGCGGGCAUCGCUGAAGACUACCUCCAUCGUCCGUACGUUGUGUUUCCCAACAGAAAACGCUGCCGUCACUCCACACCUGACGUCCCGCAUCAGCCAUGGGGCGAGGCAGAGGGCGAUGCGUGCCUGGAGCUCACCUCCAGACUGCCUCAGUACAGCUGCUACAUUAGGCAUGUGCCCGCAGCGGCAACCCUGUUCACCACGCAGCUCAGGAUGAAUCCACGCGAGCUGCACAGGGUCCGGCCACACCAGCGUGACGCCGUGGAGGCACUCGUGGAUCCGACCACCGAGUGCUUCCUGAGUGGCUGCGUCGUGCUGCCGUGCGGGAGUGGCAAGACGUUGGUGGGUGUGCUUGCCGCCACCGUCAUGCGACGUCGCACGCUGGUGGUGUGCGCCACGCUGGAGCAGGUGGAGCAGUGGGAGCGCCAGGUGCUGCGCUGGACGCUGCUACCCAGGGAGCUGGUAUUCCGGUGCGGGUCUGCGGCGCGGCCAGACGACGACCUGCAGGACGCCGCCGUGGUGCUGGCCACCUAUCACUGGCUCAGUGGUUCCCGGGAGGCGGCGGGGGCUAAUGCACGCGUGCGGCGCGCCGUGUUUGCCAAGACUUACGGCCUGCUGCUCAUGGACGAGGUGCACAAGCUUCCUGCGACCGCGUACCGCCACAUCCCCAGCCGCAUCCACAGCAGCUGGCGUGUGGGUCUCACGGCUGACCUGUCUCGCGAGGCAGAGGAGGAGCACGUCAUUCUGUCGAGCGUCGGCCCCGUGCGAUCACGGGUCAGUGUUGCUCGGCUGGUGCACCUCAGGGUGAUAGCAAGAGUGCAGCUGGUGCAGGUGCUGGUGCCGCUGCCUCGAGGCUUCUCGCGUGUCAUGCUGGACACGCCGAAACACAAAGAUCUCCAUCGGCUACUGAUUUUGUUGAAUCCUUACAAAUUCUGUUACCUGCGAUCCUUGAUCCACCUUGUUGAACACAAACAGCGCCAGAAGUUGCUGGUCAUGUUUGAGGAGGUGCUGCACCUUCAGGUUUUCGCGGUGGCCUGCAGGCGUCCCUGGGCCUGCGGCAAGAAUGAGGGACGCGAGGCAACCGUUCAGGACUUCCAGCAUUCAGCAGCGCCGCGCACGCUGCUGGUGAGUCGUAUCAGCGACACGGGGCUGGACGUGCCUGACCUGGCCUACUGUCUGCAGCUGGAUGGCCUGGGGGGUUCGCGCCAGCAGGAGGUGCAGCGGGUAGGGCGCGUGCAGCGGUACAAGUCAGACAGACGCACCUCAGAAUUCCACACGGUGGUAACGAAGUGCCCCAAUUGCCCCGAGCUGGGGUACAGCCAGCACCGCAACGCUCACCUGCAGGAGCAAGGCUACACCCUGCGGCAGGUGCCACCCCAGACAGUGCUUCGCCCCAUCCCCGCACCCCUUAACGCUCGCCUCGCCAACUUUGCUCGCCAGCUUGACCACAAGCUUUCCACGGAGUUGAGGGAAGCCGUCAACAAGUGGAUCCUGGAGGUGUAUCCGGACUUGCUGCGUGCACUGCCCUUCCAGGAGCUGUGA